UAGUCACGUGAUCAAGCACUGUGCGUCAGUUUCAAGAUGGCAGCCCCGGCACAUCAGCAGAAAUCUGGUGGGAAAACCGCUGGUGAACUUGUGCGAGGCCAAAUAUUUGAAGUGGGUCCACGAUAUACCAGCUUGAACUACAUAGGAGAAGGAGCUUAUGGCAUGGUGGUAUCUGCUAUUGAUACUGAAACAAAGUCAAAAGUAGCCAUCAAGAAAAUAUCACCGUUUGAGCAUCAGACAUACUGCCAAAGAACGUUAAGAGAGAUCAAGAUCCUCACCAGAUUCAAGCAUGAAAAUAUCAUCAACAUCAGUGAUAUUCUGCGAGCGCCAUCCAUAGAAGAAAUGAAAGAUGUCUACAUUGUACAGUGCCUGAUGGAGACAGACAUGUACAAACUGCUGAAGACCCAGCAACUCAGCAACGACCAUGUCUGCUACUUCCUCUACCAGAUCCUUAGAGGCCUCAAAUACAUUCACUCCGCCAACGUGCUGCACCGGGACCUCAAGCCCAGCAAUCUCCUACUUAACACAACAUGUGAUCUCAAGAUCUGUGAUUUUGGUUUGGCGCGAGUGGCCGACCCUGACCACGACCACACAGGUUUCCUGACCGAAUACGUUGCCACGAGGUGGUACCGCGCUCCCGAGAUCAUGCUCAACUCCAAGGGGUACACAAAGUCCAUUGAUGUGUGGUCGGUUGGCUGUAUCCUCGCUGAGAUGCUCUCCAACAGGCCCUUGUUUCCAGGGAAACACUAUCUUGAUCAGUUAAAUCACAUCCUGGGCGUGCUGGGUUCGCCAAGUCAAGAAGAUCUCAACUGUAUCAUCAAUGAGAAGGCACGUGGGUAUAUUCAGUCUCUGCCGUUCAAGCCCAAGGUGCCAUGGAACAGGUUAUUCACUAAGGCAGAUGAUAAAGCUCUGGAUCUCCUCGACAAAAUGUUGACGUUCAACCCACAGAAGAGGAUAACAGUAGAGCAGUCACUGUCUCACCCAUACCUAGAGCAGUACUAUGACCCAGCUGAUGAGCCUGUGGCGGAGGAACCCUUCACGUUCGAGAUGGAGCUUGACGAUCUGCCUAAAGAGCGACUGAAGGAGCUCAUCUUUCAGGAGACCAUCCUCAUCAAGGAGCGGGCGGACAAGAACCUCUAGAAGGCCAGAUGAAUUUAUUAGAAACCAUAUUCCUGACACUAUGAAGAAUCCAAGGACAGAACAUUGAAGAACAUCAGAGUGAGCUUCAAUUUAAUGCCGCUGGCCAUAUACUUUCCACGUCCAUCAGGUACAAGUUAUGGUGGACCCAGGAGAGAUAACUCUGAUUACUACUUCCUGUAUAGAUGGCCGUGUCUGCUGCGGCACAGUCUCUCACUGUUUGAUAUUGUCUUACUGUCCUUAGCGGGAGACGUAGCUGUGACGACAGAGAUGAUGUAAGAAGACCAUGUUCACAGCGUCCAAACAGUUCCCUUCUAGAUGACCAGGUCAAGUGUAAACAGUAGCACUCCCUCGCUGUGAUGAAGCUUGGUUGCUCUUGUCAGUCAUCACUGACCAGUCAGCAGGAUUCUUGUUACAGGAGAAACUGUCAGCAAAAAAGUAUCUAACAAAAAAAUAUUCAUUCCUUCCAAAUCAGUUUUAUGAAAAUUGAUCAUUCAGAAUUCAAUUCUAGGAGUUUCAUGCUGGAGAUAUUGAAUCAUUUUUCACCAAAAAACUUAUUGACAUCAUUAAAUUAUUAGUCAUUAGAUAAUUUACAAAAAACCUUGAUGGUGCUCUUUAUGCAUUUCCUACAAAGGGAUGUUUGUUGGCCUUUCAGUUUGAGAAAUCCGAUUGUUGAAUACCGAAGUGUGCAUUAUAAAGAGGAACCAGUAGUUGUUAUAGCGAGGGAGGUCUGUGAUCUUGUUUGGUCCAUUGUUAUUUGCAGUCGAUGAUUGGUCCAAUUGUGUAUACAUACAUCAAUGUUGUCACGUGGAUUUCUCAGUCCUCGUUAUCAUCUUGCAAAGAACAAACUUUUGUACUAAUAUUAUUAACUAGGACUGUGUUGUUACUAUUUCUUAGCUAUACUGCUGCGGUGAAUAAUGGAAGCAAGAUAUUUUUUGAAAAAGAUUUCACCUUUUUGUAAAAUGUUCUUCCUUUCCAAAGAAUUUCAGUUUGGGCCAGGACAUUUUACAAAGCUAUAUGGGUGAGAGAGCCUUUAGUUAGGGGCGUAUGGUGCUUACUUUGAAGAAUUUUGGGACCAGGAAAUGGAUGAUGCUAUCCUCUCCCCAGAUUAAAAUAUAGACAGUUUUCACUGUUCUGUUUUUUUCCACCGUUUCUAUUUUGUGUGGUGCACAUUUUCGACGAAUCCACAGAGGGAGAAUUUUCAGUAGCGACACGGGAACUGGGAAAUAGAUAAGGAAUCGAUGUUCCUGAUCUGCCGGUGAUAAUUAACACAAGUAUGAAUAAGAAUGAUUCUCAUCUUGAUCAUUUUCGCAUCGCCAGUAUUGUCCUGACCUAAAUCUGAAGACUUUUGUUAUAUCGUGCCAAGAUGCACGUUGGUAGCUUGUUUGAAACCCCCUGAUAUUGACUCCAUUGAUAAAAGGGGCAAUAAUGUGAACAAGUAUCUUUUUCUACAUGAGAAAUAAAAGUGUUUUAAAUGAAUUUAAGAAAAAUUAAAAUUGUCAAUUAUUUCAGAUUUAAAUUAAAAUAUGACGAGAUGAGUUGCUUGAGAUGCUUAUGUAAUCACAACUGUGUUUGAUGGAAUCUUCAAAAGAAUUACGGAUCUUAGUCUCAUCUGAGAACCAACAGCUCAGCAACUCCCAUCAAGCAAGAUGCUAACAAAGUACAAGUUUAGACUUUCUUGAUCAUAUAAACAUUGUGAUUGUCUUCAGAUAGUGUAUACAAGAUUGAAUCUGUUAUUGUUUCUUUCCCUUGAAAUGUAAAUCACAAAUUCUACUUCAGUAUUGCGCUUGUGAUAAACUACUCCCCACAAGACUGAUUCCAAUACUGUGUUUGUUAUCUUUGUUUUAUAUACUGAACCCGAAAAGGUAGAGAUCAUGAAUAUUUUUUAGGAUAUUUUAUGAAAUUGUGUGCUCAGUCUCACUACCCAAAAAAAUAAAUCCGAAAUAUUUGUGAUCCCCAUCCUCUAUAUUCAGUAUAAGUGCUAUAUCAGCUUCCUCCAUUACGAUGUCUUACAAUUUUGAUAAAUGUGUAUUUAAAUUUGGAGAAAUAUAUAAAUAUAUUAUAUUAUAUAUAUGUGAUACCUACACAAGUACUGCGUUUUGCUGUUUUUCUACAAGCAAAAUAAGUCUUUUUUUGUCUUCAUUACAGAUAGAUAGUUUUGUCCCUGCUGUGACGACCAACCAUAUCAGACAUGUAAAUUUCUAUGUAUCUUCGGUAGAAUGGUCUCUGAGUCUUAAAGUUGCCUUUCUGCGUGUUGUUUCUGGAUUUGUGUGUAAAGUACUGCCAAAAUGACUUGUUCUACAAGACAUGCCGUGUAUAUUUUGUGAAAAGGAGCAUGAGUUGACUACGAUCAGCAUCUUGUCUCAAGCUGGUGUUCAAAUGAGAGAAAGAAGUGUAAGCACCGGGAUAAAUACCCUUUACAGUCCACUAAGUCCCCCUGCUUCCCUCCCGAAUACCCAUCCUUCAGAGAAUGAGUCCAAAGAUUUAUAAAGAAGUCAGCGAACAAACAAUCAUGGAGGGAUGUUGUCGUACUAAUAGUAUUUUAUAGUGACAAGAAAUUGGCAUAUUUUCAGCUUCAUUUCAAGUUUCAACUUGUCGUCUAAGUAUGGCAAUUAUCAUAACAAUCAUAAACAAUAAUAAUAAUUGCAUGAAAGUUGACUUUGUACUGAAGUCCCCAGUGUUAAAGCAUUUCAUUGGAAGUAUUUCGUAUUGGGGUUUUCUGUGUGCACUUCUUUCAUCGCGUAGACGACUUCAAAUUUCAUAUCUUUCUCGUAUGUAAACACUGGUCAUUGCCAACUGUUAAAAGAAACUUAUUAUUUGCAGGAUUAUCAUUUCUGCUUGUGUAACCAUGGUUACAACUGAACCAUAAAUAAAAAUAUUUUCUUUUCGCCACUAACUGCGGUAUUUAUUCAAGUGUUUACCAAACUUCAUCAUUCUCAUGUUUCUGUGUGUCAAUGGUUAUUUAUACAUUAGAUGACAUUUUAUGUUUGUUUUCCUCUUCCGUGUUUCGUUGUGAUGGACACCACUCUCCAGUAGACCAGAUGUGUGUAGAUGAGAUGCAGAGGUACAUGCCAUCACCCGGUCUAGUAGACUGGUCCUACACCUGUAUAGUAGACGCACAUCACUGUGUGCUGAUUUCCCUGGGGAAAGAUGUGGCCGGCAGCGCAUCCCCUGGAGCUACAAGACCCUUUGGUACACAGGGUAUAUGAACGUGGCUGCUUCUCGACUGGUGGAAUCAUUUGGACUAUAAGGUUUUGGCUAGAUUUGAAAUGUUUUCCGAAAAAUUGCAUAUUUUUACAUUUGUAAGAAAGUGCCAUCUGUAUUUACUUUAAAGAGGAAAGAUGUUAUGUUAUGAAUGGUGGGAUAGGGCUGAUCAUUGAUUUCCUUAUGUAAACAAUCAGCCCAUAUGGACUGACUUAGUGCUGUUUCUGGUUGGUCUCUUAGUACCAUACCGUUGCCUGUGGUUGGUCGUAACCAUACCCUUGCCUGUGGUUGGUCGUAACCAUACCGUUGCCUGUGGUUGGUCGUAACCAUACCGUUGCCUGUGGUUGGUCGUAACCAUACUGGUGCCUGUGGUUGGUCGUAACCAUACCGAUGCAUGUGGUUGGUCGUAAGCAUACCGGUGCCUGUGGUUGGUCGUAACCAUACCGAUGCCUGUGGUUGGUUGUAACCAUACCGAUGCCUGUGGUUGGUCGUAACCAUACUGAUGCCUGUGGUUGGUUGUAACCAUACUGAUGCCUGUGGUUGGUUGUAACCAUACUGAUGCCUGUGGUUGGUUGUAACCAUACCGAUGCCUGUAGUAAUCUUUCGGUACCAUGUCUGUAGGCUUCACAAAAAUAGUAAAUGUCGACAACCUACUGCACUUUGGCUUUUCUUCCAACAUAUAGCUUACAAUAACUGAAAUACUAUUCAAAAUAACUGAAAUACUAUUAAACAAAUCCAGUCCAAGUUUCAGAUCUGGUUCCUCAAUAUCUGACAAGAUGUUUACUGAAGAAUGGAGUAGUGAUGGGAAGUGUGGAGGGAGUGAUGUGUGUCCUCGGUCUACCAUCUGUAUUAGUUAUAAUGGUAUUGGUUUCCUUGUCAGAAUGCUGAUCUUUUAUUCUAUUACCAGUAUAAAACUUAUACCAUUUAUAGCCAACCAUGUGGAAAUUCUACCAUAUCGCUAACUGUGUGAAACAUUCUACUAUAUAUUGCUAACCAUUGAAAAUUCUACCAUUUGCUGCUAACUUGUGAAAUGGAUAAUAUUUGACAGUGUUAACAGGAAAACCUUUGAACAACUACCAUUCUACAGACAAUUAUACAAUAACAUAGUCUGUGUUACCAUGGUUACCAGUUUAUAUCCUACCAGCAGUGAGGGACUGCAACUACCUAAAUACCACAUUCUACAUUAGUUCUAGAUGUGUUUUAUAUUUUUUACAUCACAAUAAAACAUCCAAUAUAUGCUUUAUCAUAGAGACGCUGCGCAGUACUAUUAAGCUGUUAUAUGUCCAUGGCAGUGCACAGUACACUUAUAUCCUUACCAAACGAGAGGCUCUUGUGUACAUUUUGCCAACACUCGAAAUGCUUAUAUUUUGUCAUAUAGAAAUAUUCAUACCUUUCAAAUUUAUGGGGACUUAACAUUUGUUUUAUGAGUAAAAAGUGAAUGGGGGUUGUCAGGGAUGAUUUACUUUGCGGCUCACAUCAACACUGUUACUGUAGCAUGGUUGAUCCAAAAUUUGCAAUCUGACCUUGAAUGUCAUCCAGAGGUCAAGGUGAUCAUUUGGUCAUCCAGAGGUCAAGGUGAUCAUUCGGUCAUCCAGAGGUCAAGGUGAUCAUUCGGUCAUCCAGAGGUCAAGGUGAUCAUUUGGUCAUCCAGAGGUCAAGGUGUUUAUUCGGUCAUCCAGAGGUCAAGGUGAUCAUUCGAUCAUCCAGAGGUCAAGGUAACCAUUUACGCAAGUAAAGUAGGCAAGUGUGAUGGGCAAGACUGUCGAUUAAUCCAAUGAAUAUUUGGAAAAUAUUUAAUAUGUUAUUUAUAGUGAAGUACUUGUGUAUAUUUUUUUCUUCUUCCCCAGUUGAUGUGAUAUGAUGUCAUACUCUGAAUACGCCCAUAUCUGUACCAUUCCAGUCACUCUUCAUCUAUUACUGGGGUGAAAUGAUACAUCAAAGUCUGCAGCAUGAUGCACAGGUCACAAACUGUUCCAUGCUCUAUCAUCUUCAGUGUAACAAAUUUAUUUUCAUAGAUUUUAUGGGGCAAAAGGUGGUGCAAUGGUUUAAGAAGUGCAACUCGCUGUGAAGAUUUGUAUCCUUAAGCCGUACCAGUAUUCAGUAAAUUAGGGGUUCGAGUCCCAGAUUCUGCCAAUUCUGAACCUUGGUUUCCCUGCACCAAACUCAUGUACAUGGGUUUCACGUCCAAAACCUUCGUCACUUUGAGUUUUCCAUCCGCAUUAAGCCGACUAUAUUAAUCAUACUGAAAAUACUUGUAACAGCAUGAAAAUAUAUUGAAAUUGUGAUUUUUUCAUUGGAGCAUUAAUAAGAUUUUUUGGUGAAAAAUUUGACCUGUGAUGCCUUAAGCAUGGUGUACAAAUAAAAAGGUUUUGAUUUCAUGUCAAAAACACCGAAGUUGUUAAUUUCCAUGACUGUCUCUGUGCAUGUUGACCCCCCAGUUAGUCCUGCUCCUUGUUCAUGGGUGGUCCGGCCUUAAGUGUUUCAUAAUAUACCUUUCCCUUACAGUUAUAUCAAGAUAAUGCUGUUCGAUGUUUUGCUGAUUUGUGUACAUGUUUUAUGAAUCGUUUUGUGUCGCUUUGGUGAAUCGUUUCAUCCCCUUUUCUUGUUUAUAUCAUCAUUUCACACAGUACAGCUCCAAAUGCAUUUCUAUGUGUACGAAAAUAAAUCUUGAUGCAAUCCUCCAGUCUGUUACUUUGUGAUACAAGUCGUACAUUUGCGCAAUGUUGUCGAGAUGUGAAGAAUCACAAAGGCCAUGUACAUGACAUAAAGUUACGAGUUGUGUCGAUUGGUCAUAGGAUGCAAUUUGUUGAAUUGAAGAUAUGUUUACUUUAAAUAAGUAUUUGCACAAAAUAAAUUAAUUUUUUUUUUGCCUUUAAAUUGAUGAUUAAAGGAAAAAAAUGAAUUUAGAAAACAGCUAACAAAAUUUAUGAUUUGCAGUUCUAAAGGUAAUGUUCGAAUUAAUACAAUGAGUUGUGCGAACGUUACAUUUGUAGGUCAUGCAACAUGAACCUGGUGGCGGAGUACUGAGCAUGAGAACUUUGCAUGGUGGUCGUUAUUUCUAUCUGCUUUUCGUCUUUAUUGAUCUGUUACUGUUUCUAAAGUUUAAGGAAAAGGCUGGUCCUUUUGUAACAAAAUGAUAUUGUGUAAUCCAAAUAGGCAUUAAAGUUUACUUGAUUUCCUCAAUAACAUGGUCCUAUUCCACAAAGUGAUUCUGGGGCUGCAACAUCAUUGGCCACGCAGAGGUAUAGGAUUACAAUUAAUGAUGUUAGGACAGGGCAGAGUAUAAAAAGUACAAAAACAAUCUUAUGGCUACUAGAGGUAUCAAAAUUAUAACUUCAUGAUCUUUAGCUACUUGAGGCAUUAAAAUAUAAACUUCAUGAUCUUAUGGCUACCAGAAGCAUUAAACUUAAAACAUCAUGAUCUUAUGGCUACUAGAGGCAUUAAAAUUAACUUCAUGAUCUUAUGGCUACUAGAGGCAUCAAGUAUAUAACAAAGCAUAGAAAUUACAAUGAUCUUAGGGCUACAACAGGCAUAAGUUUAUAGCUAAGUAUAGAAAUUACAAUGAUCCUUUGGCUACUAGAGGUAUUAAGUAUACAACAAAGUAUAGAAAUUACAAUGAUCUUAGGACUACAUCAGGCAUAAGUUUAUAGCUAAGUAUAGGUGUUACAACUUAGUUAUCUGAGGGCUACAACAGGCAUAUAUAUCUAUAGUAUAGUAUAAAAAUUACAACUUAAUGAUCUUAGGACUGCAACAAGCAAAGGUCUUCAGCAGUGUAUAGGUGCUGCAACAGACUCAGUCCAUAUUAAAGCACUGGAUUUAGAACAUGAUGGUCCUAGGACUACCAUGGACACAAUCAAAGUGAUCUUUAUCGUCGACAGUUUUUAAAAAAAGUUGUCAUUCUGAUUGAUAUGUUAUUUUUUAUCUGAAUUUUCUUGUUAAAGUCAGCGGAUCCUUAAGGCAAAACAAAUGUGACCAAGUCUUGAUCAUUUGUGUGUUGAGGUCCCAGAGUCUUGUUCCUCUAAGUGUUAGGACUUGUAUAAUAGUUCUGGUGGUAAAGGGAUAUAUAUCUUAGUAAACUCAUGUAGAGCUGUCUACACUAAUUCUUAACUAGCUCUCUUCUUAAACUACUGACCUGAUGCCUGGGAAAAGUUCACUUCUUGGAAUAGGACCCAAAGCUUGAUAUUGUUCCUAGAUUCAUGCCUAAGCUUCACAAAUUCACUUCAUUUAUUCCGUACCACAUAAAGCCUUGUAACAUACUUCAUCAAGGCUUUAUCAGUUUAAUGGCAUAGUAAGCUAAGCAUUGCAUUUAGACUUGGCCAACUCAGGUGAAAUAUCAACAUUCUUCUGUCUCCACUGAUGAAAGCUAAAGUAUUAGUUUGUCAGAAAUGACAGUCAUAGGACAAUGUGUUUGAGACACAUUGAUUAUUGUAUUAAAUGAUUUCAUGAUAAAAAGAUGGUGUUCUUGACAAUUACUGUCACUUACUUUCUAGCUUGGUGCUACUCUCCAUAAUAUAGCACUUGGCUUUGUUUAAGACCAGUGGUUUAUUCUUCCUAUAGAGUGUAUCAAGUUGAUAAUACUGGUCAAUAUUUGACAAGCCACCAAACCUUAACUUGGUAUUGCAAUGCGUCAGUUGUCCGUGUGAUCAUUUGAACUGAAGGCCUUGAUGUGGAUUUUCUACUGUUGCACAAAAAUGAUUGCAUGUCAUUGUGCUGUGACGACUGUUAUGUUUUGGUAGUUAUUAGGGUCAAGCAUUGGAUUAAGUUGGAUGUUGAUUUUAUUAUGCCCUUUGCUCUCUGUGAGAAUGACGUUAGAUAUGUUUAGGUUUUUUUUCAUAAACAGCUUGAGAUUGAAAGCUUCUGUACAUUUCUUAAACUGGGCCAUUGGGACACAUCAAGUUAAUUAUUUGUUCUACGCAUGCAAUUUCUAAAUUAAAAUAUACUACUCAAAAGAAGUUAAGGAUCACCCGAUUCUUUCAUAAUGGUAAAGUUAAUCUGUCAUGACAUGAGAGAUUAACUAUAGUAAUAUGAAAGAAUCAGGUGAUCCUUAACUUCUUUUGAGUAGUAUACAAUUUAUUUAAGAGUAUAUACAACACAACUUUGGAUAAGGACAUUUCUGUUACUCCUUGUACAGAAAUGUCCUUACCAAAGUUAAGUAGUAUAUAUAUGGCACAGCACAACACAGUCAAGUUAUUUUCAAAAUUUCAAAACACAUUUUGUUUAAUUAAUCAAAAGGAUUGCAUAUCUUAACAUGAGUUUGUUUUGGCCUAAGUAAAUUUACACAAGAUAGUUCAGGAAAAAGAUUAAAUUCUGAUCAUAACAAGAAAUCAGCCAUCCCCUGAAAUGGAGAUGGGCCAUAUCUAAUCAACUUCUUGUGGUCUGAUGGAUGUUAUACCCCACAGCUUGUCCCAGGCGUAGUUGUUGAUACUUAGUAUUUCUGUUAGAAGGUUGCAUCAACGUGUUUACAUGGACAUGAAGAUGUGUGUGCAACUGCUGGCUGCAGUGAAGGGACCGGUCAUUUAUUUAAAAAAAAGGGUGCCUUUUCAACGAGAAUCCAGUAUCGUUGGAGGGAAAACAUUAAGAUCAUGGUCUACAUAAUUGAUUUAAUUUGUUAUUUAGAUAUUUGAUUAAAUAAAUAUUGGGAGAAUAAUAAAGUUAGGCUUUACAGGGAGGGUCAUGAAAAGACAAACAACAUUUGGGGAGGGUUGUAUUUGAUGUGACAAUAGACAAAUCUUUGGCCAACUUCCAUAAUAAAUGACCAGCCCAUCUUUGGAGUUCCUUGGUUUGCAGAUCUAAAUACCAUGUUUGUGCUCAAUAUGAAAAUAAUACACCACUCACCUUUUGAUAGGGAUAAUCAGACAUGUCAUGCUGUUUAAACAUACUCUUGACAUUAUGAGAAUGAGUUUUGUGUAUAAAGGAAAGAAAAAAUAUGUAUCUCUAUCAAAAAUGGAGCAGUAUGUACAUUAAGGAACUGACAAAAAACAUUUCCUUUUUACAUUGUGCUCAUUAAUGUGAAUUAAUUUAUCUUUGUCAAAACCAAAGCGGUUCAGAAACAUUGAUCAGCUGGUGAAUUACAUGCUUUCCCAUUUUGACACUAUGGGGGUUUGGUGAAAUUUGGCAACAUAUUCAGUAAGUUCAGUGGGAAGAUAAAACUUCUUCAAAUGUUGUUUUAUUCAAACUGUUGAGUCAGCAGUUCUGUGAACCAAGAAAUACAAGAGAACGCCUUGAGGCAGGUAGGAGUUUGCAAUACACAAGUUGAUGUAGUUCUUGUGUAUUGUACAAGUCUGUGGCCCCUGCAAUGGGUGUCAUGACAAAACACAUGUUGUAUCUUAUUUCAAAGUUUAAUUUUCAUUAAUGUUAUGUAUAUGGGUACUGCUUGUUGAAAUUUAUUUUUGGGUCCAGUUUUCUUGAACUUAAAAAAAUAUUGUCCAAACUUUAGACAUUGUUGAUGUAUUCUUAGUUGACCUUGUAUUGCCGCAGAAUAAAUUUCACAUACCAA